CCCUCGUUCUGUCGUCAACGUUCUGUGAAGGUUGAAAAGAGGAUUACCGCAUAUACUCGCUCUCAUACAUCCAUUGUCUCCCCCGUGUCUCGCCAUCAUGUCUUUCGAUAAUAAGGGUCCGGCGUCUAUGACCUACUCCGAGGCCGAUCUUCAAGAUCCCUUAUGCCGAGCGUGUCAAAAGAAGAUACGUCUAGUCGAUAGCGCUCGUCUUGGACUUACUGGACUUGCCCUUCUGUGCGGUCUCACUAUCCUUGGGACUUCGGCCGAUACCUUAGCCGUAUACAAUGCCACUCAUCUAUCAGGCGACUUCCAUUUACCCCUAUGGCCUGAUCAAUUCGACCUCCGACCCACGAUAGCGCUUGUUAUCGGCAGUAGUAUUGUGGUUCUGGCGAAUAUUGUCUCUCUAUUAUUUAGCAAAGUUAAGAUGCUUCGCAACAAGAAUUCCGCCCAUUCCGCUCUUUCUCUCGCGACGCCUUUUGUUGGAUUUACGGCUGUGAUGAUUAGCAUGAUCUUCUUCUAUGCUGUCAACGCCUCGAGCACAGACGACACGCUGCAAAGCUGGAGUUGUCAGUGGGGGUUUGCAAGCAUGAGCGCGAAACCACAUUUUGGUACCUUGUGUAACGAAAGUCGGACAGCCCUCUACUUGUCCGUCAUACUGGUUCCGGUUGAAUUGGUUGUUUUCACCGUGGCUGGCUAUCAGUCGAUUCUAGAGAGAAAGUUGAUUGGUGCGAUGCCGUCUCUCAAGUUUGGAAGCCCCGUGCCGUCGUCGUAAGACCCUAUCGGGCAAUAGGUGGCGGCCGCCUGGCUUUCAAUCUGCACAUAGCCGUGCGCCUACAUCCAAUAAUUCGACGGUGGCCCCCAU